AUGGCAAAUAGUUCUAAUAACGAUAAUCGCUGGUUUCAAAUUCUUCAUCCACGUCCAUUAGCUAAAUAUCAAGUAUUUAUAUUUCCCGGAGCUGGUAGUCCAGGUCCAUACUACAAAGAUUGGGGAGAAAAUUUUCCUGACUAUGAAUUCGCAUUACUUAUCUAUCCUGGAAGAGGAACAAGAUUAGCUGAAAAAUGUAUAACAAGUGUACCGGAUUAUAUUACUCAUAUGAAAAGAGAACUUCUUCCAUCUAUAACUAAACCAUGUAUAUUCAUUGGACAUAGUGGUGGAACUAUGAGUAGUUUUGCAUUAGCUAGAAAUAUGAUUGAAACAGGAACAAAAGCAGAUUUGAUUAAAUUGUUAAUUGCAAUGGCAAGAGUACCACCUCAUUUAGAAGACCCUGAAAAUUUUUAUAUAAAGACUGACAAAGAACUUAUUGAUAUUUUAAAACAAUCGGCAGAUCCUAAAGCGAAAGAUCUAUUUAAUUUUAAACCGUUUGUUGAUAUGCAACUAUCGAUAUUAAGAGCUGAUGCAAAGGCUGGCAAUGCAAUACUACCAUCAAAUCCAAUAAAUAUUCCAAUUAUUGUUUAUGGAGGAGACAAAGAAGAAAAACGUACAGAAGAAGUUUUGAAUAGAUGGAGUGAAUUAACAACAAAGAAAGAAUUAUUUCGUGUUCGAAUGUUUCCUGGACAUCAUUAUUUUUUUUCAGAAUGUCAAAAUCAAGUUUUAGAAGCCUUAAAAGAAGAUUUUGAUUCAAUUCUAAAUAAUUCAGAAGUUAACUAG